AUGGCGUCUUCGUACCUUGCAUAUUGGGUACGCAGUGGCGUCCUAUACGUUGAUGUCAAGACUUCCACAUGGGGUGAUCAACUUCAAUCCCGGGCAGUAGCAGCAGCAGCCUGCCAGCCGGAGGAGGAUAUUAUAGAACAAAAGCAAGGGGUUGAGAUAAAAAUAUUUCCUCUGGCUGAACCGCGUGUUAUGCCUUUGGUUCUUUUCAUCAACUUCUUCGAACUUGAAAUCCUUCCCUCUGUAUUCGCACGCAUUCUUCAGCUUCAAGGCCUGGAUGCCGCUCCGGACGUACCAGUAGGGGAGAAACAGGAGACGGCAGAAGGCUGUUUCAGGUCGCUCGACGCAUGCAGUUUCAACCCCCACCCUCGUUUGUUAAUACGGAAGCACCACUCGACUAGGUACUCCCGCGCUGCUGUCAUCCGUAUCGACUUGUUUAUCGGUCCUAUUGACGGCCACCUUACUUUCUACGCUGACCCUCACAACUUCCUAUCUUGGGUCGCUAACCGCUCCCGGACAUUACCUGCACCGUCGGAGAGCAGCACUGCAUACUACCACGUUUCCGUGUCUAUUCCGGUGGCCAAACGCCGAUAUGAUGUUCGAGGACUGGGACGAGUCUGCGCAGCAGAUUUCGAGUCGAGAUCAAAUCCAACUUCCACAAGAGCCACCGCAGUAUGCCUAGACGUUCGUGAUCUCGUCCACAACAUCGAGAUCGGGGCAAGUAGCUCUGGCGGGUUGGCGUUCUCGUACCCUCGGGCCGCCCAGAACGUUGUCGAUACACGGUUGAGUGUGGUUUUUAUUGAAUUAUUUCUCCCCCGUCCUCGGAGACGUUCCUACCAGCAGAGUCGUACUUUCAAGUAUCAAGUGUAUACGGGACACAUCGUGCAAGUACCCAUCUAA